AUGGCCACCAACGAACAAGAAGCGGCCGAGGCUGCAUUCGUAGAAAGGAUGAGGAACUUCGUUGCGCCAAACCCUUCUCCUCGCAACCCACGCAUCAGCAGAGAAUCUAGCUUUGCGGACAUGAUCGAGGAAGGCUACCAAGCCGAUGGCCACAAGACAUGGGGCUACGUGAUCUAUCGCACGACGUACGAAAGCGACGCAGAUUGGGUGGACUUCAUGCAGCGCCUACGAUGGUGGACCAUAGACACUAUGGAGAUUUUCAAUGGUCAGGAUGUCCUAGACCGCAUGACAUGGACCAUCUUCGACGACCGCGAGCGCUUUGACCGCGCAGACACGGCAGCCAUUCGUCGCCACUUUCGCGCAUGGGCCGAGACAGCUGUUCAAACCGAGCAACAGUCUAACGAUGCCCCUCUGGUUAGUGAGGGCCGCUCGCCACGCUACAGAUACUGCAUACAAGUCGAUGCAGACGCGCUCCACUCCUGCGUGCACGGCGGUCCGCCGCCGCCUGAUUGUGAGCUUGAGCAGGUGGGCUGGCUGAAGGUUAUUGACAAAAACUGGCUCCCGCGCCAUGAGGAUCCGAGAUUUGCUGGGAGGCGGCCGGCUCCUCACGCGUACGACUUUGAGCCCAUCGAUGGCGUGACAGAAGAGCACGUCGGUUGGCUCAAAUGUCCGCUGUCGGCCGCCAUGACCGAGUACUACUAUAUGUUUCUCGACCUUAAUGGAUGGACGCUUGUGUAUCAACGACCGCCUAAAGUGAUCGGGUAUUGA